AUGAUGUCGGAGAAUCAAAAAGGUGAGGGUACCGAACCGACUGGUCAGAACGGGGACAGUUUUGGCGGGAGGGGCCCGUGCGAAAAUCGACUUGUCCAAAUUUCGCGCUUUCCGCCCUUGCUUCGUCUUUGCCUCCCAGGUACCGGCGGAGAUGCCGUCCUCAAACUCGCAGGUACAAAACACUCUGGUGCAGACCGAAUGCUCGAUUUCUUCCAACAACGGGGCACCUUCGCUAAAUUCCUGAAGCAAUGCGACGUUGCGCUUUCACAACAGGCAGUUGGUUGGAUGUCGUCAAUGGCUUCGAUUGGAAUGUGCCAGCGUAACCGCCGUAACGAUAUCGCUGGACCACUUUGA